CAGAGAGAGGUGGAGAGAUACUACACAGACAAAGUAAGAGGUGGAGAGCUACUGUACAGACAUAGCUAGAGAGAGUGGUGGAGAGAGAAUAACCUCAGUUGUAAAAGAGAAGCUUCAGUGAGAAGGACAAAGAGGAAAGAGACACUGCAGCGAAAAAGAGAGAGGGCAACAAAUACAGAGCAGCCCUGUGGGGACCAAGAGGUAAACUGACCCUGACAGAGCGCUCGCUACGCUGCCAGCCCCCGGAGGCACCAGAGAAUCCCUGAGAGAUUUGUCACAUUAAGAAGAGCCCCCCAGUGCUCUCCACACACACAUGAGCCUACCGCGGCCGCCACUCUCUCACACACACACACACACACCAGGGGCAAGCCGGGGAACGUAGCCGGACAGAGGAGUGGACUGGACUGGAUGACAAGAGGAGAGGAAAGUCACUGUUUCACUCAAAAGCCUAGAGGGAGGACCAAGAGAGGACCAAGAGCAUUACACCCUGAAAAGGAGUCCCCACUUGCCUCGUGCCGCUCACCCCUGACCCCCGAAGCAAACAUGAGCAGCUGCAGGAAGAGGUGCAAGAGGGAAAUGUUUAAAUUCGCCCAUUACCUGUAUAGACUCAUCACGGGCACGCUCCAUGCAGACAGCGUGGAGGAUGAGUUGGAGCUUUCAGCCGUCCGCCAUCGCCCCGAGGGCCUGGAGCAACUGGAGGCCCUGACCCGCUUCAACCGCAAGGAGCUGCAGAUCCUCUACCGAGGCUUCAAGAACGAGUGCCCUAGCGGCGUGGUCAAUGAAGACACCUUCAAAGUCAUCUACUCCCAGUUCUUUCCACAGGGAGACGCGUCGAUGUAUGCACAUUUUCUGUUCAACGCGUUUGACACGGAUAAAGAUGGAUCUGUGAGUUUUGAGGACUUUGUUAUGGGCCUCUCUAUCCUCCUUCGAGGCUCAGUCCAGGAGAAGCUCAACUGGGCGUUCAAUCUGUAUGAUAUUAAUAAGGACGGAUAUAUUACUAAAGAGGAAAUGCUUGACAUCAUGAAGGCCAUCUAUGACAUGAUGGGGAAAUGCACAUAUCCCCUACUCAAAGACGAUACCCCUCGACAACACGUGGAGAUAUUUUUUCAGAAGAUGGAUAAAAAUAAGGAUGGUGUUGUAACCAUAGACGAGUUUAUUGACUGCUGCCAAAAUGAUGAGAACAUCAUGAGGUCGAUGCAGCUCUUUGAAAACGUAAUUUAACUCGUGGCUGACCUGGAGAGCUCUGGACUCAACUAUCAACAGACACCAACCAACAACCGGCAUACAGCGCAAUGGACCACACAAAUCAUACAUGUAAUGGUACGAAACAUUCUGGAAAAACUGUAGCAAUGGACCACACAAAUCAUACAUGUAAUGGUAUGAAACAUUCUGGAAUAACUGUAAAAAAGAAUUGAUCUUUACAAUCUUUCCUUUUUAAUUUGAGUUUUGUGGUUUGAUUAAGUAGAUUGAACUCUUCAAAUCUCCUGUGUACAAAGACACAUAUAUCUUAACAGCUGUGCUGCAGUCACCAUUUACAGUAUCUGCAGUACAGGAAUCCAGCAAACUGGGUCAUCACUAUUUAACACAGACACAAAAUCAUGAACCGCGCCUAUUUCUAAGAUGUAUCUUCUUAAAAUUGUAUUCCAAACCUUAACCCUGAUUUUUAAACCAAACCUUAAAUUAAAACCAAAAAGCAGAUUUUGGUUUUCAUGAAUUUUUACAAUAUUGCCAAUUUUGCAUUUGUGCCUGUGUUAUCUAGUGGAAACCAGUUAAAUGCGUUAUCGUAUGCCACUGCCUUUGAACAGAUGGACAACAAUGAGUCUGAAAGGUGAAAGUUUGUGUGAUGAAUAGUGACAUAACUGUAUGCCGAAAUCAGGCUCAGAAUUCCAGAAUGUUCUUAACCACUGAGGUUUUUCAGCCACUACGGUCCAUCCUUUGCUCUCCCAGCACCCAAGUAAAAUAGACUUCAUAUUGUACCAUUUUUAAAAAAGUGUAUAUACUCUAAGAAUCUAUGUGGAACUUUCAACUUUGUUCAUGCUUACUUGCCGACUAAAAUGAAACGUUGCACUCCAAGUUGAAUUCGAUGACGGUGAAAAGUAUCGUUAGAAGCACACAGGUAGCUGUUACAUUGAGUAUGCGAUUAGGAGAAACAAUUAUCUUGCCACAAGAUUAUGCUGCUUUUAAAUGUACUGUACUUUAUUUGACCGUACAUGUCUGUAUUCCCCCAUGUGUCCUGUUGACAUGUUUUCAUUCAUGUUUUGAAUAACAAUUUUGCAGGUUACACUGGUAUGUUGGAUUUUAAUGAUAUAGAUAUGAUAUAUGGUAGAUAUGCUAGUCAAUGUACACAGGGAUAGUCAGGUGGACAGUAUUAAGCAGAAGCUCACUCUUGGGGGGAAUUUAUGGUCUUUUUGAAUAUGCAUGUUCAUCACUGUCCUUUGCAGAGGGUCACUGGGGUGAAGCUAUACAAGCAAAUUCGAAUCUGUCAUCCUUUGGUUUUGAGAGGUAGAUCUGUUGCCCUGUCCAGAAACAACCCCUAUCCCCAACUGUCUAGACAAUUAAAAAAAAAUAUAUAUAUAUAUUUCACCUUUAUUUAACCAGGUAGGCUGGUUGAGAAGAAGUUGUCAUUUACAACUGCGACCUGGCCAGGAUAAAGCAAAGCAGUGCGACAUAAACAAACAUACAGUCAAUAAUACAAUAGAAAAGUCUAUAUACAGUGUGUGCAAAUGAGGUAGGAUAAGGGAGGCAAGGCAAUAAAUAGGCCAUAGUGGCGAAAUAAUUACAAUAUGGCAGUUAAACACUGGAGUGAUAGUGGAGGAUUGGACAGGUGGAAACAAUAUGGCGAUAAUUCUACCCAGCCUAUCAGAGGGCAAGGUGGAGCUAUGACCAUAUUGCUUAAAUAUACCCAGUCCUCUCAGAUCUAUACGUAUAGAAGGGGUAGGGGUUGUUUCUGGACAGGGCCUGUGGUUUCCUUCAACUUGUUUGUGACGUGUCCAGUUUCCCUGCAUAUGAGGACUGAUUGGCCCCUGCAGUCUCUGAUUAGAGUCCUGAUUGGCUCCAAUCAUGCGCAGGGACAGAGCAUGCUGGGUAGAAUAUCACUACUUACAGGAUGCUUCUGCUCCAAAACCCUACUUUAUUGCCCAUCUCUAAAUUAAAAGUUUGUGAAAAGCAAUGUGGACAUGAGCAAGGAGGUAUCUGCAGUAUUUAGCAUAUUCUGUUUCCUUAAUUGGCAAUAACUUAUUUAUCCAUGUAAAUGUACCCCUGGGAAUGUGUUCUGGAGUGCAUAAGAGUAAGCAUAGUCUAGGGAAAUAACUUGUUUGUCUACCUAGCUUGAUCUUAUUUGACCAAGGAUUUUGUUCAGCGGGGUAAUUAUCUCCUAAAAACAUGGGUCAAUUUAAGUCAGGGACAGCUAAACAAGUUCUUCUUGGACAAGUCCAGGUUGUACCUAAUGCUUUCACUCCAUCUCAAAACGUGUUCUCCCUAUUGAACAUGUCUCUGGCAAACAAAAAAAGUGACUUCUGUCAAUCUGUUAUUCAACCUUACAUCCUAAUGUAUUUAAAUCAAUCAUUAUAGCAUGAGGCGCAUGAGGGUAGUAAUUGGGUGCUCUGAUUUCAGAUUUUAUUGCACUCAGUCUGAUCUUGGAAAUGAAUUUAUUGAACAAAGCCUGUUAAAACCUUCACAGAUAUAUAUGCACAGGACUUAAAUUGUAUUUAUUUUCUUACACAAUGUACCAAUGUUAUUAACUUAUUUGAGUAGCCUCUGUGUGCUGAGUUUGUGGCUUGGAUCCAUUACAAAAUGUUACAAUAACACCACCUUGUGGUACUCUGAGCCUACCACUUGGUUCAAAGAAAUAAUGUACUUUGAAAUAUUGGCAAUUCAGGGAUGCAGACGCUGCCAAGAUAAAAAAUCCCACACCCAUUCAAAUAACUUGCAAUGGAGUCACGUUGUUACUCCAGUCUUGAAAAAACGAGUUGAGUUGAGAAGCAUUAAACACAUUAGGUAAAACAUUGAUGACUUGAAUGCUAUUUUGAAAUACAAGUGCUGUAUAUUUUCCUCGAAGGACCUCUAUAAAAUGUUAAGGAGCUAUGUUCCUCUUUCACUCAAUAUAAUAUGCCAUUUAGCAGGCGCUUUUAUCCAAAGCGACUUAGUCGUGCACGUAUACAUUUUACGCUUGGGUGGUCCCGGGAAUCAAACCCACUACCCUGGCAUUACAAGCGCCAUGCUUUGAGCUACAAAGGACCACUCUACAAAUGUAGGAAGGAAAGACUAAUCUUUCUGCCAUUUAGCUAAAUCUAGGAAACUGCUAAACCAAGAUAGUGUAGGUUUCAUUUGUGCGGACCAUUAUAGGAUUAGAAGGGUGAUAUAAUGGACCUUAAGAGUCACUGGACAUUUAAGAUGUACAGUUGUCUUUGUGAUUAGGUGAGUGCAUUUUAUAAGAGAGAUUCAAUAAAACUGGUUUGAAUGUUCA